AUGUCUACCGGCUACGCAGCUCCCUCGCCCUUUGCCCGCAGCUCAGACCUCACUGGUCCUAACCCAUUUGCUCGCACUGCGAGUACAUUCAAUGACCCGACUUCACUUGUGGGCCGAGAGCAGACGAUUGAAGAAAUGUAUAGCGUCCCCGAGAGCUUCCUGGAGAUAGAGGUCAGGAGCCCACAGACGCAUGCCAGCUCACACCUUCCACAGACAAAUAUCCCAGCCUUUAAGCUACGUCAUUCUGUCGUUCGCCGGCGCUAUUCCGACUUUGAAGCUUUCCGUGAUAUUCUCGAGCGCGAGUCGACGCGGGUCAAUAUCCCAACCCUUCCUGGCAAGGUGUUCACAAACCGCUUUUCGGACGAGGUUAUCGAGGCUCGUCGGGAGGGUCUGGAGAGGUUUUUGAACAUUGUUGCUGGACAUCCUCUUCUUCAGGUCGGUACUCCCUUCAUCUCAGCCUGGCUCCAUCUUGACUCACAAACCUUGCUUUUGAUGUAG